AUGUCUCCCCGUUUUGUAGUUCAAAACAGACAGCAGACUUCAGCCACUAUGCAGACUUCUCACCCCCAUACCGUAGACGUCGCAGAAAGGUUCCUCCUGGCAGACGACGGCGACGACAACGAAAUUUGCCCUGUCUGCGAUGGCGAGUGCACCUGCCGCCCCCAGAGCAGUACCCCCUACCGCAAUGUUCCCCCUUCUACACCUUCGUUCACGACAAUCACGCCCAAGCAUCCCCCUCUGAAGAUCAAACUUACUGUCCCUAGUUGCAUGCUAGGCAAGCGACAAAUUUCUUCCUCCAAGUCAGUGACGGCCUACAGUGCCCCCGAAAACGCUGGCGAAAGCUCUUCUUCGUCUUCUCAUCCCGAACAACUCGCUACCGCUCCCAUUCCCGUUCCCAAACGACGGGGUCGGCCGUCGAAGGCCGUUGUCGCAGCUCGUCUCGCCGCGAAGGCUGCUGCAGAGGCACACGAGGCAACUCGCCUGCCAGUUCCAUCAUUAUCGCAAUUCUCAUCACAAUCUCAGCAAUCAGUCAAGCGAAAGGACUCCCUGAACCGACGGAAAACAAACCCGAAAUCGGCAGCCUCGAGGCUACCCUCAAAACUCAAGGGCAAGUCCACGGUCGUGAAGAAGGCAAAUAAGCGAAGACGCGUGGCGGUGAGCGACUCUUCUGCUUACAGCAGCGACGAAUACUCUCAUUGCGAAGACGACUCCAAUUCUCUUCGACUCCCAACCCUUGUACCUGCAUCAGCACUAUCCAGUUCAUCCUCGAGCGAUACCGAAUCUAGCUCUCUUUCCGACUUCGAUUCUGAUUCAUCCAUAGAAGCUGAGGAAGAAACUUACAUUAUUUCUGAAGAAAGUAGGGCACGCGACAAGGCUCGUGUGCGCCGUGAACUUUUGGGGGAUGAUCAAAGAAGACGUAAUGAUUGGGUCAUUCGCCCAAGAAAAAUGAGCGUGGGUGCGAGUGACGCAGAGAUGGAGGUUGAUAGCGAUGCCACCGAGGACGAGGAGGAGGAGGAAGAGCAAGAAGAAGAGGAAGAAGAGCCAGAUGAACAAGCCCCUGGCGCCCCAUUCAAUGGGGUCGCCACGGGGUGGUCAGAGGGCGAAGAGUCUAGUUUCGAUGCUGAUCUGUUCUUUGCCAAUCUCAGCAGCGACGCUGAAAGCACCGAUUAUUCUGCUGCCGGCGAUGAAGGACCCGACGACGUCGAUAUCGAGGACCCGCCGUCCGACGUCGAUGCCAUUUCGCUUGUGCAAGCCGCUGCUGCGGGUCUUAUUCCCCAACUUCGGCAAGAGCUAGACAACCUUCCCUUUGAGGUCACUCAAGGGUGGGACGGUCAGAUUGUCUUUACAAAUGGGCUUCAAGACGGUCAUGGGAUUCUGGAUAUCGAUUUCGAAGUCAAUGCGGCCCAACUCGUUGACACUAGUGCCUCGCCUAGUGCUGAUGUGGACAUGUCAGAUAACGCUCAAGAUGAAAACACCAACGGUGGGACCGACGACGGAGCGACCACCGACGAGGACUUGGUUGGCGCAGACGAUCUACCCAACGAACGCGCUAUGCAGCUGUUCGUCAUGCCAAUGAGCGUAUCAGCUGUCGACCCGAUGUCAACCAUGAGCCCAGUUGGAAGCCCACGCCCUGUCAAUCGGCGGCGAUUCAGAUCAUCGAGCCACUGUGAAUCCCCAAAGCCUGCUGACAUUCUUGCCGGUAGAGUUUUCUGGGAGGAUUCAGAUGGUGAUUGCGACGAUAAUCUUUUGAAAAGUCGCAGCGAAACUUCUUCGCGUGGAGCUUUCCCUCGCACGGGAACAUUUCAGCAUACUACGUCGGAUCGCCGAGCAGUUAUCGAUGGUUCUAGUAACGAUGUGCCGUCACCUCAUCCUCGUGCUGGACGUAUCGGCCGCGGCAGAGACAUGACCCAGUCUCUUCACUCGUUCCAUAUGUUUGAUAGUCCAUGGACGGCACGUUCCUUCGCUCGUACCUCUUCUGUCCCCGCUUCUGGUUCUCCCCGAUCACAUAUGCGUAGCUUUUCAUCGGAUGUCCCCAUGUCCUCGUCACCGGAUCCGUUCCAUGGGGAACCCGUGAACCUAGACGACGUUCUCGAUUCAUCUUACCUGGAUUCGGAUGGAUCGGAUUGCCAUGGAUCGACAACGUCCGUUAACGACAGUGAUUCGAAGAAACAUAUCAGAAACCUCAAGCGGUGGGAUGUAAUAUCCGUCGGAGCCUUUCGCCAGUCCCACUCCUCCAUGAAUAGCCUCGACGCCAGCUGGACCUCUGACACACCGGUCCCCACCUCGGUCCCCACCUCCCUCAGCAACGCUAUGAAAAUGAAUCCCAUCAACGAGAUGCUCUGGAACAAUAAGGACUCCAAGGUCGAUGGGCCUUCUACCAGCACUCUCUCCACCCCUGAAUCUACUUCAUCCAAGCGGCGAAAGCGCGGCGAUCGUACCCCCACCAACUACGUCCCCACAACCACUCCACCGCAGCAAAACCGCAUUCCAACAAAAACCAGAAAAGAGCUCAGGCACGAGCAUAAGCUGAAGCGCAAAAGCUUCGCUUCCACUCAUCACAAACAUCAUCCUCAGUUCCACGCCCAUGGUCAUCAUCCGAACAUGAAAUCUCGUAGCUCGAGUUCAGUGCAGCGCACGAACUUCUUUUCUUCUUCGACUUCAAGUCCAAUGUAA